CUCACUUGUUCAUUCACCGCUCGACUUCCAGCCUGACGCCCUUCCACAACCACAACCACAACGAUGUUCGCCGCUCGCGCUGCCCGUGCUGUUGGUCAGGCUGCACGCCGCUCCAUGUCCACGACUGCUCGGGAGAACAUGCUCGCGCCUGAGGUCGUUCCUCCCAAGAGCUACACCCCUGCUUACAUUGCUCUCGGCACGGUUGUCGCCACCGCCGUCUUCCUCUACCGCACUCGCAAGGGCAUCUGGUAUGACAUCAAGCCCAUGGAGGAGUAAGCACCUUUGCUGAUGAUGUCAAAGAAGAAGGAAGCAAAGCGGAGUGCUCACGCGACCUCAAAGGGCCAAAAAGCGUUCAGUGCGCGACCCCCCCCCCCUGUGGCAUGAUUCUGUGGUUAUCGCCGGUAUCACACUGUCUCCUUUCUUCGACUGACGGGACUGUUCAUAGAACAGCCCGGACUUGCACCCCCUCCCUUUGUACAUCUCUUGUUCGUCCCUUGUCUUUCACAACGGUGGCACGACCAACCAACCAAGCUAGUUUGUCUCAGCUACCUUUCCCUUCCUCCCACUGCACCCCACUCCACCAGCACCCUUACACCGUGCCUCAUUGGCAGCGUCCUUCGAGCUUUACACCACUGUACACCUCCAUCAACACCACACGCUCCA